GUAGAGGUACUUAUCCCAUAGGGCACGAGAUAAGCCUCCAUGCCCAUAGAUAAGUAACUGCCGGCUCAAUUGUCGUCAGAGCGACCUCCCGUGCAGACGCCUGCCAGUCGCCUCAGGAUGCGGACCCUAACAUUGUGCGUGUGCUUGCUCUUUGUAGUCCUUCCGAACACCACAGCAUCAGAUGGCUAUGAGGCUGCUGCAGUCAAGUCCAGUACAGAGUCUACAGAUGGCGGUGUAGUUACGCAAACUACAACACCGGCAGUGGUUGGAAAUGGCGCAACAUCUAUACCGUCUACAAAGGACGAGGCGGGUACGCCAACUAUAAAAACAAGAGAUUCCAGUGAAGAUAAGCAAACUGCAGCACCAAUAGAAACCGAAUAUGAAACAGAGACUAGAACGUCGGCAAAAGUCAAGGAAAGUGAACCAACUACAACAACCAAAGAUGCUCGUGACAAUAAACAAGCUACAGAAUCACCAAAGGCCGAUGGUGAUAUGAAAGCUACAGCAUGGAGAAAAGGCGAAGCAGGUACGUCAACUACAACAAUUGGAGAUGUCGGUGAAGAAACGCCAACUACAGUAUCAACAGGUGCUGGAGAUGAUCUAAAAACUACAUCAUCGACAUGGGUCAAUCCUCGUGCGCCAACUGCAGAAAGCAGAAAUGGCGAUGAAAAUACACAAACUACAGCAUCAACAGAGCCCGGGGUUACUGUAGAAACCACAGCAUCGAUAAAGCGCGGGGAAAGCUCGCCAACUACAACAACCGGAGAUGUCGUUGAAGACACGCAAACUACAGCAUCCACAAAUGCUAGAGAUAGUACAAAAACUACAACAUCGGAAAAAGACAAGGCAGCUGAACCAAGUACAACAAUCAGAGAUGUCGGCGACGAUAAACAAAGUACAAAAUCAACAAAGGCCGGAGAUGUUAUGAACACGACAGCGUCGAUAAAAGGCGAAGGAGGCGCGUCAACUACAACAACCAGUGACGCCGGCGAAAAUAAACAAACUACAGAAUCCACAGAGGCCGGAGAUGUUACGGAAACUACAGCAUCGACAAAAGACGAGGGAGGUAAACUAAAAACAACCACAAGAAAAGUCGGUGAAGGUACGCAAACUGCAUCAUCAACAGAGGCCGGAGAUGGUGUAAAAACUACAUCGACAACGGUCAAGCCGGGUGCGUCAACCACAAAAAGCAGAGAUGUUGGUGAAUAUACGCAAACUGUAGCAUCAACAAAAAUUAGAGAAGGUGUAAAAACUACAGCAUUGACAAAGGGCGAGGCAAGUGAACCCACAACAAGCACCAGAGAAGAAGGUGAAGAUACGCAAACUACAUCACCAACAUAUGCCGGAGAUGGUAUAACAACUACAGAAUCGGCAGAAAGCGAGGAAGGUACGCCAACUACAACAACCAGAGAUACCGGUGAAGAUACGCAAACAACAGCAUCAACAGACGCCAGAGAUGGUAUGAAAACUACAGCAUCAACAAAGCUUGAGCCGGGCGCGCCAACUACAACACACAGAGGUGGCGGUGAAUAUACGCAAACUACAGCAUCAACAGAGGUCGGAGGUGUAAAAUCUACAGAAUCUACAAAGGAGGGAGCAGAUGCGCUAAAUACAGCAUCCGCCGGGACAAAGCAACAUGCAGCAUCUACUGUACCAACCACAGGCAGUAUUUCAGAAGGCUCUUCGAAGGACAGAGCACCAUCAACGCCGUCAACACGUUCAGACCCCGAAAAGUCGACGACAGUGAGCAAGACGGAUUCUGCUAGUUCUGCAACUACGCCAGAAACCACGUCAGCCGGCACUUCUGAGGCGCCGACAUCAACCGAAUCAACGCCUAUUCCUGACAGGACAACAUGCAGCGAAAGCAAGACGAACGAGUGCCGCAGAACACCAUUUGGAAAGUGUGAAGUAGUCAACGGCGAGGACCAAUGCUCUUGCGAACCGCCAAUGAAGCUGCUGGGCAAGAAAUGCAAAUUGGAAAAAAAGAUACUCGUAAAGGUGACGUUCAAGGUGACUAAGAAAUCCCAAACUCUAUACAGCAACGACGAUGGAUGCCCGUCCGAUGAAGAUAUUAAAACAGAGAUUCGGCAGAUAUUGGAAGGAAAGGGAGUACACAUUACGGAGAUUAGCAACAUAAAAUGCGAGGGAGGCGAGGUGACGAUGGAUUUAGAAAUAGCUGAUGACGGCGAUAAUAAAAUAGAUGAAAAUGUAAAAGAAGCACUGCGAAACGCUCAACCGACGUUUGGAGACUUUAAUAUAGAAGGAGAUGGGAUUGACGCUACUCUUGUCGACCAGUGCCAGAACGGUCUCUCGCAACUGGGGAAAAAACUUGGAGGAUUAAAGUGCGAGAGAAAAGGGAAUGACUAUGUACUUGCUUGUGACGACACACGUAGCACUUACAUCGAAUCGGUGGAUAUUGAAGGUAUUCAAGUACACAUGUGUCAAGAUAAACCGUGCAGCGAAUACUGUAACGCAACACAAAACAAACGAUGCGUGCGGGAGAAGUGCAUCUGCAAACACGGGUUCGUCCCUGAGAAUGACAUUUGCGUCGAGGCUUGUAGACCAAAUAUUUGCAAAAACGGAGGCACCUGCCAACCCCACAGUGAAGUCCAAUUCAUGUGCAUAUGUCCAUCAAAAUUCAAAGGUCUAUUUUGCGAAGAAGAAAAUAAGGAAUUGCAUUCGGCAAAGUUGAAUAUUGUCAUCGUUGGAGUUGUGCUAUCGGCGCUACUUUUAUUGUGCUUCGUGGUGUCUGCGAGCAUCAUUUCAAGAAUGAAGAAAAAGAACAAUCUUCUCGCCCACGACUCAAAAGAUGUGGAACGAAGGCGAGAACUCCACGGCUACGACGGACCAUACAAUGCCAAUUCGUCUGCAUCUAAGCACCGGGAUCACACAUCGCUAUAAUUAUUACUAGAAUUCUUAUUUCAACAUCUCUCAUCAAUUAAUAUCUGAGCAAGCAUUCAUGGGUUCAUCCUUAAAAAAAUGCAAUAUUGUGUAGUUCUAAUAUAAGACAUAAACAACCCAGCUAAAUUUUAUCACCUUAUAUUAAACAAGAAAACUUGAAUUUUAUUCAACGCGAGGAUUGUCGUUGAUGACCUAAUCUGACCUAACCUAACCUAAAUGUUACGGCCGUUUAGUUUUUCGUCAAUGUCGUGGUGCACUGAUGUAAUUAUUUUUUUAGGUCAAUAAAGGACUUUUAAAGAUUUGUCGAAA